UAUGUGCUACUCCAAGUUUUCUAAGCCUGAUCAUAUCAAUGGCCGUCCUGUUCUUCAGCCGAAAUCGAACCAAGUUCCUGUUUUGGAACGGCCUAGUUCGCUUAAGAAAGUCUCUCCAAAAUCUCCUACUUUGUCACCUAAACCUUCACCAACACCAAUUAGUACUGCUAGUACUAGGCCUUCAGUGUCCCCUCCUAUCUCUCCUAAGCUAAAAUCACCAAAAUCAUCACCAUUACUUAAAACAAGAAACAAUGACAAGGCCUUCAACUCCACUACAAAGACGUCGAAGAAAGCCGGUGCUAACAACAAUUCAGUGAAAGUCGAGGCUCCGGGUAGCAUUGCAGCAAAAAGGAGAGAACAAGUUGCUACAAUGCAGGAACAGAGAAAAUUGAGAAUUGCUCAUUAUGGAAGGACUAAAUCUGCCAAGUCAGAAACAAAGGUGGUUUCGGUUGGUUCUUUGUCGUCUACGAGUACUAUUGCUCAAGAGGAGAAUAGAUGUGGAUACAUGACAUCUAAUUCAGAUCCUGUUUAUGUUGCUUACCAUGACGACGAAUGGGGCGUUCCUGUCCACGAUGAUAUGAUGUUGUUUGAACUAUUAGUGUUAACUGGUGCACAAGUUGGAUCAGAUUGGACUUCAGUCUUGAAAAAGCGCAAAUCUUUCAGGGAGGCAUUUUCCGGGUUUGAUGCAGAAGAAGUUGCCAAAUUCACAGAAAAGAAAAUCACAUCAAUUGGUACUGAUUACGGCCUUGAUUUAAGCCUAAUCCGAGGAGUUGUUGACAAUUCAAAAUGUAUUCUCCAAGUUAAGAAGGAAUCUGGGUCAUUUGACAAGUAUUUGUGGAGGUUUGUGAGUCAGAAGCCUAUUAGCACCCAAUACAGAUCAUGCCAGAGAGUCCCUCUUAAGACCUCAAAAUCAGAAACCAUAAGCAAGGACAUGGUGAAGAGAGGGUUUAGGUUUGUAGGACCAACUAUUGUUCAGUCAUUCAUGCAAGCUGCUGGUCUCACCAAUGACCACUUGAUCACUUGUCCAAGACACAUCCAAUGCACUGCGUUGGCGAUCUCAAAAUCGUAGUGUAGAAACGGCUUUAUAGAAUCACAAGCAACCACGGUCCAUACAUAUAUGGCACAAGAAUAGUUGAUUAGACAAGAAAGGAAGUGUUGAAAUUGUGGGCGAUGAUCGAAAGUGCAUGCCUUUGGUUUAAGCUAAAUAUUUGCAUGUUUAGAUGA